GUUCGAGCAUGCAAAAGGAAGUUGAGGUGAAGAGAAGUACAAACAGCUACUGUACAUUACAGAUCAGUGGACUGUGUGGCAACAAGAGGAUUUCAAAUGGAGUCACCAGUUACACAACUUCUGAGAACAUCAGAGGCUCUUACCAACUUUACCACCGCAGUGGAUGACACGAUAACAAAGAACAUGACUAACACAACAACAAAUUAUUCUGAGGUUUCAUCUCACCCCGUUUUCAUAUUUGCAUACUCGCUGGUGUUUCUUAUCAGCCUGCUGCUGAAUUGUGUCACAAUGAGGGUUUAUUUUUGCACCAAUCAACGCGUCCAUUCCAGUGUCACGGUCUACCUGAAGAACCUAGCUGCAGCUGACUUUUUCCUUUGCCUUUGUUUACCUUUGCGCAUUGCUAACUAUACCAACUAUUCAGUAACCAUGCGCAACAUAUACUGCAGCUUUGGAGCAACGGCCUUCUAUUUAAACAUGUAUGCAAGCAUUCUCUUCAUGGACUUUAUUGCUGCAAACAGGUACCUGAAAAUUGCCCGGCCAUUGGAGACUCAUGCUCUGCAGAUGGUUCGUACUGCACGCCACAUUUCCAUAGCAGCUUGGCUGUCCUUAGUAUCAUUGGCUUCGGUCUACUUGUUCGCAUUUAUCAAGACCUCUUGGAGUUACGAUAAAAAUGUUAAUAAAAUUGGUUGUGAUUCUAUACACAGUAACCAGGUCAAGGUGAUAUACAAAAUCACCCACACAGUGUCCAUGUUGCUCUUUGUAUGUGUGCUGGUUUCUCUGAUACUUCUGUACUGGGGUACUUUAAAAAAGAUCAGACAAGUUCAGUUGUCCACACAAGCCACAUCCAGCAGCCAUAAAUUCGACAAGUCCAAGCGUAACAUGCUGGUUCUCGUGGUGGUUUUCUGCGUGUGCUUUGUGCCCUAUCAUCUGGUAAGGCUUCCCUAUGCAUUCUUCAAACCUAAUACGAAAGACCGGAUAGCCCAUGCAUUUUACAUCCUAAAGGAGCUGACUGUGUUGCUUUCAGUGCUAAAUGCUUGCUUGGAUCCGCUCAUUUACUUUAUCUUCUGCAAGUCCUUCAGAGCGCAGCUAAAUGUCAGAAAAAAGACAGACUCGUCAGUAUCCAAUGAAAAUUAUGGGCAGCAAAGGAGAUUGAGCAACGUGUUGAGCUACAUUGAGACAAAGGUGUCCACGCUAAGACGUGAAAGUGUCAUUUAGGCUAACAUUUUGGCUUUAUAAACAAAAAUGUCACAUGAAAUGUGUAAUGUCGCGUAAAUGUAAAGUAUAAUAAAAUUAUUAUUAUUAUUAUUAAGAUAGGAUUUGUUGUCUUCUACAUUAUUUUUAUUCCACACAAUUAUGCAUGCAAAAUCUAAGCAUUCAAGAAAUGAACAUAAAGGAUACAAUACCUGCUUUAAACAUCUGCUCGCCUGAUCAUUUACCUCAAACUUUUUCAUUUUUUGAGAUAUUUUAAAAAUUCACCAGUUCAUAAACUGGGAUUAUGACUGAACAGCUCUAUUUCGAGGUGUAGUGCAAUGUUGUUAUAAUAUGAUAGAAAUAAAUGCAUCAUUUUCUGCCUGUUUGUUGCAUGCAAAACCAUGUUUUUUUCAGAUUUAUUAUACAUUGAUAUACACAAAACUUCAAGUGCCUCAAGCUCACAUCUUAACGCAAUAUGUAUGCCAGCAGAUUGGUCCUUUGAUAGGCCUGUUUGUCAAUCAGCUUGCAUGCUUCCUCCAGCUUUCAUGUAGAUUAAAAUCAACUAUGUCAUGUAUUUAUAGCAAAUAGCAACAGUGUAUAAGUAAGUAAAAAAAGUGUGACAAAUAAAAUAAAGACUUUUUUAAAUGUAGUGCAAGGUUAUUUUGGUAAAGAAGCAGUGUACAGCUCAAUGUAAAGAUAUAACCAGUGGCCGGAUGCAUAACCGUAGAUGUGAAGUUAAGACUGUGUCUAAAGAACAAAGUAGCAGUUAGUUAGGGCUAAUCAGUCCUACUAUUUGGAUUUAAAUGAGACUGAUCUAUCAUAACAUACUUUAAACAGUAAUGAUCAGUCUUGAAGAAAAAAAGAUGACUAACUUUUAAUUAACAUUUUUGGCUAAGAAGUUUAUGCAACCGGCCAUAGUAGUACAGAAAUGGCAUUAUACGAAAUCCAAGUGGCAUUAUGUGUGCAAAGGUAUCAGACGACAAGAGGCAUUGUAUAAACAUAAAGGAUUGUACAACUGAGACAAAAGAAAUGAUAAUGACAAAUGGUACAGUGCAUUAUAUGUGUGAUUAUUGUACAGUGCAGUUAGUUUCUAUUUUGAAAUGUGUCCAUAAUAAAGUAUGUAUUGCUCAUCACUGUCUUUGUUUGAGUUAAAUAUGUUGGCAGUGCCAAAUGUGUCUUAACAGUAGAAAGCCUUGCUAGUUUCGCAGCAAUAAAAAACAACAGCAGAAGCAGUUUAAGCUGAUCUGAGACCAAACAUAUGGACUUUUAAAGCAACACUAAAGAGUUUUGGCUCUUUGCUCCCCCUACAGGUUAGACGCGUAAUUGUUCAUUAGCACUGUCGUAAAUACUGCAGCAUAGCUGGCUCUGAUUGGAUUGUAGGUCUGCCGUAAAGCAAGUUUUUGUAGUUUUCACUCGAACUACAGGACCACUACCUGACGGUUGGAAACUUCUUCAGUGCGGUUUUGGCCGAUAGAGGGCUGCAAAGCGAAUGUGAAAGUGCCAUUCACCCU